AUGGAGCUAGCAUAUCGGUUGACCGAAUACGCUCUAGAGCCAGCCGGCGAGGACGACACAGCUAGAGUCAUGACGCGUCAAGAAGGCAGUAUUGAGGAGACAGAGCAGCAAGAAAUCGCAGCAGCCAUGUCGAACUACGUCUAUCUAGCAGAGCACGAAGUUCUCAUCUGCAAGGAACACGGCUACGCAGUGCGAGGCUUAGACAGCCAUCUGCGCUUGGUCCAUACUUCUUACACUUCUACGUCGAAGAAGGCAAGGGCUGCACUAAGACAGCAUCACAGCGGACGCAACAUGCCAGACCCAUCCACAGUCCGUCUACCCGAGCCAGGACAGCCGGCAAUUGAGUAUCUGUGUAAGCCAAUCCCAGGCUACUACUGCAUCCACAACCAGGACAACACCGCCGGCGAACAAGACGUACGAGGGGAUGCAUCGACAACAACAGACUCCCCCAGUCACUGCGGCUUCACCACCAGCGACCGUACCAACAUCGGCAAACACUGUCGUAAUGCACACGGCUGGAAAUCUACUGACGAAGACCGUCAGUGCUGGAAAGAUGUCUACAUCCAGACGUUUUGCAAGAGUUCAGGCAAACAAAAGUGGUUUGUCGUCAAGACACCCGAUCAGAUCGAUAGGGAAAGAGCAAGUCAGAUCCAGUUCGACGGCAUCAAAGAUGACUUCCAGAAGUUAAAAGAGCAAUGGCAGAAAGAGCAGGAGAUACUAGCAGACAGGGUUGAGAAAUGCGAGAACACCGGAUGGUGGAACAAGACAAGAUGGAGAGAGCAUCUCAAGAACUGCAAUCUAACCCAUCUCUCGUACACCAGCCGGCUGCCCGAGAAGGAUGAAGAAGCGUUACUCAAGGUAGCAGCGGUGAUCGAGAAGAUGGUCGAGAGGGGUGUCUCAGGACUGAGCUCGAUGCCGGAAGGCUUGCGUCGUUGGCUUCGAAGUGCAGAGAUGCACAAGCCAGACGUGAGACCGCUAUCCCGGUUGCAGAAUCCAGAGAGUCAAGAACGGUACACCGGGUACUGGAAGCGAAUGGUUUGUUACUGUCUACGAGUAUGGUGCACUCGUCACGAAGCCACGGACAGCGAGUCAAGUGGCGAUGGCAGCAACAAUGACGAUACCGAAAGCGACAGCGAUGAGGUAAACAGUGUGUACAAUGCUAACGCCAACACUGAUGAGGUAAACAGUGUGUACAAUGCUAACACCAACACUGAUACCGACGACGACGACGACGACGACGACAAUUCCGACACAGAUCCACAACACGAUCAAGGCAGACGGCAAGCACAAGAUCACAUGCACGAUGCUCGGAGGCUCUUCCCAUGGAACGACCAACUCGAAAGAGCAUUAGAGGAGGUGUGGAGAUUGAUCGUUCUCGAGGGAGACACAUCAUCCGUAGAAGACGAUCAAAUCCCAGCGAUGGUGUGGAACGACCGCUUCGACAGCGCUCUAAUCCAUUUCAUGGCCGUGAUGGGCAUCGACGAGACCAACGCUCGGCUACGCGAUGGCAACGACUACUCUUACAUGAUCGCCGGACUGGUGUACGUGUCCAGGAUCGUGACCGCCGAAGCUCUGCUCCCAUCACUCGACCGCGAAAACCAAGGGGAGGCCGACUUCGAGGCAUUUCUCGAGCAGAGAAAAGAGUUUCUAGCCGACGGAUCGAUGAGCGUGAUGGGAGAGAUGUUGAGCUUGCUAGCCAUCGAGUUCACGGUGUACAACUUCAAGUCCAUGGCACGCUCCGCUCUAGACGAUUGCGAAGACUACAUGUGGAGGGAUCUCAUGUGGGCAGGCCGCAAGGCAGAUCGCUUCGUGUUAGAUCUCGAUAGCAUCACCGACGACAUGACGGUGAAGAAGAGAGGCUGGUACUUCGGUGCCGACCCGAACCAGGAUCUCGAAGCACAAGGUCUCGACUGGAUGUUGAAGAGGAUGCUAGGCUCGAACCAGGGGAAGAAGAUGCGCAGAGGUGACCAGUGGCAGUCGAGACUGGUGGCCAACUAUCUCCGGAGGGUGGACAAGUUCAGGGAGCUGUUCAUAUUCUGCGUGCACGUCUUGAGCGGCCAGCCCGCCAGAGGAACCGAGAUCACCAGUCUGCGCUUCCGCAACGGAGUGGCCAACCACCGCAACGUCUUCGUCUUGGACGGCAGAGUGAUGACGGUGACGAGCUACCACAAGUCACAAGCAAUGCUCGACAUGCCCAAGAUGGUGCCACGCUUCUUGCCGUGGAAACUAGGUCAGAUCGCGGUCAUCUAUCUCACCCACGUGCGGGCGUUCGCCGAGUUGCUGUCGGUGCAGGUACAGUACGGUCAAGGAUGGAGUGACUACAUCUGGGCGGACUCGCACGGCCCGUGGGAGACGCAGAAGCUCACCGACACGAUGAAACGAGAGACGGCCAAACGACUGAAGGCCAAGCUACACACCCAGAACUACAGACACGCCGCCGUCUUUCUAGGCAGGAGAUUCGUCGGACCGAGGUUCGCCAAAGGCUACCGAGAGGAGGCCGAAGAUCCGGAAGAAGCCCAGGCGGGUGAUAUGGAUGACGAUCUCGAGGAGGGCAACGCGAUCGAGCUACAGAAAGCCGGCGGCUUCGGCACCGGAGCCGGCAGAUACGCGGUCAGAGCGGACAUCUUGAAGUAUCUCAACCAAGAGUCGAUCGACAUCUUCGGCGAUCUCAGCGAAAGCUGGCACAGGUUUUUCGAGCUCGACCACAGAGAUCCGAAGAGGAAAAGAAAGGCCGAGAGCAGCAGCAACAAAGACGAUGGGAUGCAAACCGUCGACUUUGAAGGAUUGCAGAAAGAGAGAUUGAUCAAGAGACUGCCCGCGGCAAAGGGAGGAGCUGUUACUGUUGCCGCCACUCCGACGACAGUAGAUCUCUCACCGUUCUUACAACAAUCCGAAAGGCAGCAGAAGGAGAUCGAAGACUUGCGGAUGAAGCUCAAGGCACAAGAAUUCGAACUGACAAGACUUCGAGGAGAGGAGCUGCAGCAGGGACGACAGCAACCCAUGACCCCCAUCGUUGGCUUGGGCAUCUACUCGAACAACAACAACAACGGAAUGCCGACCCCGGUGACAGAGGGAAACAGGCACGACUCACACAACGAUGAUGCCAACGACAAGAACGACAGCAACGAAGUCAUCUACAUCGACGAUGACGAUAAUGAUGACAACCACCACGACGAAUCCAGGUACUCUCCAAGGUGCAGCGGCAGGAACCACCAACAGCAUCUGCAGCAGCACAUAGACGACAGUCCGAUCAUCGAACGAAGCCGAAGAAGGCGCGAGAGGCUGCAACGCUACAGAAGACCGACGGCACAGGAAAAGGAGAGGGCUAUACGCAAAGCACUCAAGAAACCAAUGGACGACGACGCGGUGACGAUCAGAUACAGAUCGAAAGCACAAGGAGAAGCGCUCGGGAGAAUCAUGGACGGUGGGUUCAACGUUCUCACCGUCGUUCUGCCGACAGCCGGAGGCAAGACUCUACUCUUCACCGCACCCGCUUGUCUGGAAGAAGACGUCGGGGUGACCAUCGUGGUGGUACCGUUCCGCAAGCUCAUCGACGAGACGGUGCGAGAAGCACAAAAGACGGUGGGUGACUGUGAAGAAUGGAGUCACAGCACCGUCGAUCCAGCAGCUCUCGUGGUCGUCAGCGUGGACAAGAUGCACGAUCACUUCUGGUCGUACGCACGGCAGAUGGCGGAGCAGGGCCGACUGAGACGAGUGGUGGUGGACGAGUGCCACUUGCUGGUGACUUCGCACAGCUGGAGACCGCAUCUCGUGGAGCUGGAGAAGCUCAAGUCACUAGGAGUACCGAUGGUGAUGCUGACGGCCACACUCCCAAGGUACAUGGAGGUCGAGCUACGACGAAGUCUAGGUAUCGGCAUCGGAAUGAUGUCGCUCAUACGAGCAUGCACGGUGAGGGAGAACAUCACUUACACCGUCAGACAGGACAUCGGCAAAGGCAAGCUGGUCGAAGAGACGGCCAGAGUGUGCGAAGAGGUCGCCGACGAGCUACGGAGCACCAGGAAAGAGAAGGCCGUCGUCUACUGCCGAAGCAAGAAAGACUGCGAGGAGAUGGCGGAAAAGCUAGGCUGCGGCUUCUUCUACGCCGGACACGUCGACGGCGGGGAAACGCUAGAGCAGUGGAAGGCGAACGGCGGCUUCAUCGUGUCGACGACAGCUCUCAGCACCGGACUCAACUACGAGGCCGUCAAGGCGGUCAUCCACUCGGGACUGCCAUACGGACUGAUCGAGUUCGCCCAAGCAUCGGGCAGAGCGGGUCGAGAUCCCAACGAGAGAGUGGACUCGAUCGUACUGCUGGAGCAAGGGUGGGAGGAAGAAGAGCAAGGGACGCGGGAGCGUUACAACGAGGCACUCGGACCGGACGGAGCAGCGAUGAUGGAGUACAUCAAGACGGAGGGUUGUCGAAGGCUGGUGCUAGGCAAGUACUUCGAUGCGGCAGAAACGAUCCAGGAGUGUCACGACAGCAGCAGCAGCGGCAGCGACAACAACAACAGCGAGACCGAGAGCGAGACGAACUGUAGUAAUGGCGGCAGCCGCCAGCAUCACGCCCCAAAGCUCCGUGCGACAGGUGUGGUGGUGGAAUGGUGGCAGCAGCUGGAAAAGGAGAUGGUCGAAGAGGCUCUAGACGAGAUGAAGCUCGGCUGUCCGAUGUGUUGGAUGAAGUCAGAAGAGAAAGACUCACAUCUGGAGCACGGUGGCCGGGAGUGCGAGAGUCGAGAGCUGACGGUGACAGACGAGGCCGACGAAACGACAAUUGUCGAUGUUGACACAUUCCGGAAGCAGAUCAAAUACGCAAAGGCGAGCAAGGCUUGCAGGAAGUGCGGCAUCAACCAGAGGAUGUGCAACACCAGGGAAGACGCCAAACGAAAAUGCCAGUGGCCCGGCAUAGCAGUACCGGUGUUGAUGACAGCAGUUCGAGAUCCGAUCGGGAGGAACAUCAUCCGAAAAGCCGGCUUCGAACCGAAUCGAGUGGUGGAAGAGGAGAAGGAGGGGUGGAAGGCUUACGCAGCGUGGUGCGGCCAGGCCAGAGACAGGCGGAUAUGGGGAGAGAUGAUGAGCAAUUCGAUGUGGGUGGUGAAGGAAUUUUUGGUUUACAAGAGUGGGGAGAGGAUGAGGCAAUUCGAUGAUGGCGGUGGUGAUGAGAGUCAGGAGAAGGAGGACAAGGAUGAUGAUGAUACUUCAUCAUUCGAGGAUCUGGACAUGGAUGAAGACGACUUUAUCAUGAUCGAUGCCGGGACCAUGGAAGCUACAACAACAACAACAACCGCCACCACGGCUAGAGCGACAGCACCAGCAGCAGCAGCAACAGAAACAGAAGUGGGAGAACGACAAGAGACCCCGGAAGCCCGAGCUACAGCCGUGGAAGAACUGGAACACAGCAGACAGAUCCCCCGAGUGUCGAAACGUCCGAUGUGCUCGGAUAUCAGCAGCAGAGAA